AUGGAUUAUCUGUGCCGUCUGAAACGUUGUUUCUACACAUUGAAUCUUUUUGAAAGUUCGACUUCACAUGUAGAUGAAUUCCAGGCAUCAACUGAACGUUUAUCAACACGUAUUUAUCUCAUUAUAUUGUUAAUCUCACUUACGAUUUGUACCAUUUAUUUAUCAUUGGAUAUCAAAACAAAAACAUUCAACAUUGAUAGACCAUCUCAAAAGACAUAUGAAAAACUUCAAGAAAAAUAUUCUUCAACCAUUCGAUGUCCAUGUUCAACGAAUACAAUUCCAUAUAGAGAAUUUUUCUCAAUUUCGCCUGUUUAUCAUGAAGUUUGUUCAAGUGUUUUUAUCUCCGAUGAAUGGUUAACGUCUUUACAUAAUAUUAAUCGAACACGUUAUUACCAAUUAGAUUUUCGAGCGAUUGGUUUUUCAAUAUUUCAACUUCUACGUGUAUUUUGUGAAUGGAAUAAACGAAACACGGAAAUUACAUUGAAUCAAUUCGCAUCAAACGUUUUUCUUUCUCGUGUCGUUCUAUCACCAGAAGAUUUCUCUCAUGAAACCGAAUCAAUAUUUAUAGAUUUUGAAAGAUUAGUUUUUGGACAACAAGUGCAACUUCCUCACAUCGUUCUUGAAAAUAUAAAAGCGAAUAACUUCGUACCGGCUGUGCAAACAACAGGGGUAUUCAAAGUGAAGAAUAAUGGACACAUUUACCUUUCAAAUGGCAUUUGGCCAAAAUUCUGUUGGUGUCCUCAACGUACAGAUUGUGUAGAAAAUUUAAGGCUCUAUGAUAAUCUAUUCGCUUUUCAAUUCAAUGGAAUUUUCGAUAAUAUUUUAUCUUCAUAUGCAGAUAUUCCAGGUCUGCACAUUGGUUGUUAUAUAUUAAGUUCUUUUCUGUAUUCGAAUCUCGAAUGUCUCUAUAAUCAGACAUGUAUUGAUCUCUUAAAGCAGAAGAAUGACUCGUAUUACGAGCCACUGAGAAUAAAUUCAAACACAUCUGUGAUUCCUUUAGCUUUUAAUUUCAUAAUCGAAAACGAUUAUUUCAUUCGAGAUCGGCACAAGAAAAUACAAUAUUCGAAUUAUUACAAUAUAUGUUCACCAAGCAAUUGUCAAUAUUCUGUUGAUCGACGUAUGGAUUUUCUUGAUAUAUUAACAAAUAUUUUUAGUAUAUACGGAGGAUUAGUCAUGAUAUAUCAAAUUAUAAUUCCAAUGAUUGUCACAAAAGUUCGAAUUUGGUGGAUACAACGAAAUGCACAAUCUGCAGCUGUAGAUGAACAAGAAGAAGUCAUGAUAUAUCAAAUUAUAAUUCCAAUGAUUGUCACAAAAGUUCGAAUUUGGUGGAUACAACGAAAUGCACAAUCUGCAGCUGUAGAUGAACAAGAAGAAGCGAUACCAAUUCGAACCCGAUUGCUUCAUUUACGGUCUUUUGUUCAUUCUACUCUUGCAGGAUUAAAUGUUUUUAGUAGUAUUAUUCCUUCUAUCGAUCCAAAUGAGAUUCAAAUUGAACGUCUCGCUACUCGUAUCUAUAUUCUUCUCUUUAUUCUAAUUUCUUUACCUUUAUUACUUGUGAAUAUCUUAAGUAUACGAUUUGCCACUGAAACAAUUACAAAUCCAACUGAGUCAGUUUUUGCAGAGCUUCAUUUUCAUUAUGGGAAUUAUCUUCAAUGUCCAUGUACAAAGUCUACUAUAUUUUAUGGUGAAAUCAGUAACAAUAUCUACAGAAUGCAUACAAUAUGCAAUGAUAGCCAUUUUAUUAAUCGAGAUUGGCUAGUUGAAUUUCCACUUGAAAUCAAACGCCAAUUGACAGUGUUAGCCAAUAUUUGUCAACGAUCACGAACAACAGUCGAUUUAGCUGAUCUAAUAUUUGCAUCGUUAAUAUUGCAAACAGAUUAUGUCUUAUCACGUGAAAUUCUCGAUGCACGACUACGUGCAGUUUAUCAUCAAUUACAAGCACAAACAAAAACAGAAAUUUUGACACCAUUUCAAUUAAAUCGAAUCUUAAUACAUACUGAUAAAUUAUUGAGAAACUCGGAUACUCAAAUCUAUCAUCCAUCUGGUGAAAUUGAAACAAUUUUUAAUUCGUAUGAUAAUGAAACAUGUAAUUGUGUUUUAACAUCGACAUGUCUUAGUGAAAUUGUUUCAUCGUUCUAUACUGGAUGUUAUCCUAUUGAUGCAUUGUUACAAUCAACUUUAGAAUGCUUUUUUAAUGUUGAUUGUGUAACUCUAUUGGAGUCAUUUCGAUUAGAACAAAUGUAUAAUAUAACAAUUUUGGAUUCGAAUGACACUCGAUUUUCGUUAAAUACAACUAUUGAAUCGAUAUUUAAUGGAUUAAUGUUAGAAGAAUGGUAUAUCAAAAUAAAUUACACAGAAUAUUAUCUCACGUGUAAUCCCACACAUUGUACUUAUUCAUAUCCAAAAAAAGGCAAUUUCAUUUCGGUUGUUAUUCUAUUACUUGGUCUUCUUAGUGGUUUGAAUGUUAUACUAAAACUUCUUGUACCGAUUUUUGUUAAAAUUAUUCGAAAUUGUUUUAUACAUCGACGAAUUGAUUUCGAUAUCCCAGCGAUGAUUUCAUCAUGGAACACAUUUCCUACUUAUAUAUCACGUCGAGGUGAUAUUUAUCAAUUAAAUACAGAAAAACUUGCAACACGAAUUUAUGCAUUGGUCUUUGUUUCAUGUUUUGUCAUCAUGGCUGCAUAUAAAACAGCAACCGCAUCUAUAAAAAAUGAGAUGGUUUAUAAUCCAACACAAACCACAUUUGAGAACUUACAAAAAUUCUAUGGAAUAACGAUGGAAUGUCCAUGUAGAGAAGUCAAUAUCAAUUACGGAUCGUUUGUUUCCAUUUCACCUGUUUUUCAUCAAGUUUGUUCGAGUUAUUGGAUUUCUUCUUCAUGGUUCUUAUUUCUUUUUGAAUCUUCGAAUUCAACUAAUAAUCAUCUUUUCAUUUUAUCACAAUUUCAAUUUCUUUCCUAUGUUUGUCAAAUAAGUCAUUCAUUCACUUUCAAUUCAAUGUUUGCAUUUACUAAUCAUUCAUUUAUUUCGCCAAAACUUAUUCAAGAAUCGACAUUAAACUUGCAAAUCUUUUCUUUGAUGUCAAAUUUCUUAUUGAUGACAUCGAAAUCAAUUAGUGAAACUAUUGAAUUUAUUCAAGGACUCACGCAUGGUACAGGAAUUCUAUCAUCAUUGCAUACAAAUUGGAAAUUAACUCUCAGUGAAGAAGACAAUAUAACCUUGUUCACCGAUCCGAUUUCUUAUGAAAAUUGUUCCUGUGAUAUUUAUAGUUCAUGUACAAAAAUAUCAAUGAUUUCUGGUUUACGUAUCGGAUGUUAUCCUUCAUCAGCGAUGAUGCAAUCAACACUCGAAUGUUUUUAUAAUGAAACAUGUAUUUCCAUGUUUUUCGGAGUAAAAAUGUGGCCAUCAUUAAUUAUCAAUAAUUCAUCUCGUUUCUCACCCAAUCGCACAGUGAAAUUUAUUGUUGACCAACUGAUGAUUGAAAAAUGGAUAAAUACCACUAAUUAUACACUUUAUUAUGAAAAAUGUGCUCCGACUUCGUGUAGUUAUUCAUACUCUGAACAAUUUAGUUUUAUCUAUAUGAUAACUAUGUUAACUAGUCUUUAUGGAGGUCUUACAAUGGUUUUACGUUUCAUUGUUUAUUAUUCGAUCACAUAUAUUCGUAAUUCCUAUCGACGUCGAACAAGAGUGGAUGUAAAUAUAUACAUGUAA